ACUGGAUUAAAGACUCUGUUUUCGCCAAGUCGCUUUUGGGUCCUCAUACACCUGCAUGACAAUAACCGCCUGGUCUUUGGCAUUGCAUCAGCCCCAGCCAUUUGGCAACGAACUAUUGACCAGAUUUUGCAAGGAAUCCCAGGAAUCCAGUGUAUCCUGGAUGACAUGAUCAUAACAGGACGCACCGACAAAGAGCACCUGGCUAACCUGGAAGAGGUCCUGAAAAGACUGAAAGAGUAUGGUCUACAGGCAAACUUAAAGAAGUGUGAGUUCUUCAAAGACAAGAUUGUCUUCUGUGGACAUGAGAUUGACUGUAAUGGAUUGCACAAAACACAGGACAAAAUCGAGGCAGUGGUACAGGCACCACGACCACAAAAUAUCACAGAAGUGAGAUCUUUCACGGGACUGAUCAAUUACUACAGAAUAUUCCUCCCAAACCUUUCAGCAGUACUCCAGCCUCUAAAUCAGCUCCUGGAAAAGAAUAGGACAUGGCGGUGGACAGAGCAAUGUGAAAAUGCAUUUCUGGAGGCAAAACGGCUCAUAACAUCUGAACAGGUCCUGAUGCAUUACGACCCUGAAAUGCCAGUGAAGUUGGCUUGUGAUGCGUCCCCUUAUGGAUUAGGGGCAGUCCUUUCACACACACUGAAAGAUGGGUCAGAGAGGCCAGUUGCAUUUGCGUCACGAACAUUGAAUGAUGCAGAGAAAAACUACUCACAAAUUGACAAAGAAGCACUGGCACUAGUGUGGGGCGUCAAGAAAUUCCACGCAUACCUAUAUGGCAAGCGUUUCACACUGGUUACAGAUCACCAGCCGUUGCUUUCCAUUUUCAGUCCAAAGAAAGGCAUUCCGGCAAUGACAGCAGCCAGGUUACAGCGAUAUGCCUUGUUCCUUGCCAGUCAUAUGUAUGACAUUGAGUUUAAGCCGUCAUCCCUCCACACAAAUGCAGAUGGAUUAUCCAGACUGCCAUGUACAAGAGAAAGGCAAAGGAGGGUGGAUGCAGUGGACAUGUUCCAUACCGCUCAACUCGAGGCACUACCGGUCACAAGCACAGUUAUCAAACAUGAGACAAGGAAAGAUGUGACCUUGUCAAAAGUGUACACCUACACCAUGUCAGGAUGGCCAGCUACUGGCAGAAAGGAGCUGACUCUGUAUUUCCAGCGGAGAAACGAAAUUACAACGUACCAGGGAUGUUUGAUGUGGGGAAUGAGAGUCAUGAUACCCCAGAAAUGCCAACAUCGAGUCUUGCAGCAACUACAUGAAGGUCAUGUUGGAAUUGUCAAAAUGAAGCUGCUCGCAAGGAGCCACUUCUGGUGGCCAGGUCUGGACCAACAGAUAGAAAAUAUGGCAAAGAACUGUAGUGGAUGUUUGGAAACCCUUCACAUGCCUGCUCCUGUCCCAGUCCACCCAUGGGAAUGGCCCGCAGAGCCAUGGCAGAGAAUUCAUGUGGACUACGCUGGUCCUUUUGAAAAGCACAUGUUUCUGGUUAUAGUGGAUGCCCAUUCCAAAUGGCCAGAGGUGUUUUGCACCGACUCCUCCACCUCAGCUCAGACGAUAGAGUGUCUCAGAACAACGUUUGCACGCUUCGGUUUGCCACUGCAGCUGGUAAGUGACAACGCGCAAGCUUUUGUAAGUGACGAGUUUACAAGAUUCAUGUCAGUAAAUGGAAUCAAACACUCAACUUCAGCUCCGUACCACCCUGCCACCAAUGGGCUGGCAGAACGCUUUGUGCAAACUCUAAAGCAAGGACUCUGUGCAGCAAAACGAGACGAAGGGACUUUGCAAACAAAACUGGCCAAGUUCCUGGCCUCCUACCGAAACACCCCACAUGCCACAACAAAUGAAAGCCCAGCCGCACUGAUGUUCGGGAGGCCUCUCCGCACACAGCUGGACAUCAUGAAGCCAAACAGGCGUAAUGAAGUGCUGAACAAACAAGCCAAGAUGCUCUCCGGUGGCCGGGAGCGCCAUCUCCAAACAGGACAGGAAGUGAUGCCGUCUCAAAGAAAACUGUGA